ACAACACAUGGAGCUGGAAAAUAAAGUCAAAAAGAUGACUUUAGGUCAUGAAGAAGGAGCCGGAGCGCCUUGCUUAAAAUGUAAGGAUAAAUGUGAGGGGUUUGAGCUUCACUUUUGGAGAAAAAUCUGUAGAAAUUGCAAAUGUGGACAAGAAGAACAUGAGGUUGGAUCAAAUAACGAAGAUGACCGUAAAGUCGGCAAGCUGUUUGAGGAUACGAAAUAUACAACUCUCAUUGGAAAGUUGAAAACUGAUGGAAUACCUACUUAUAAGCGGAAUGUGAUGAUUUUGACUAAUCCCGUGUCAACAAAGAAAGAUGUUUCCAUCAGUACUGUGACUUAUGAAUGGGCACCCCCAGUACAGAACCAGACUCUGGCUAGGCGUUACAUGGAACUGAUUCCAAAAGACAAACAGCCCGUAGCUGGUUCAGAGGGAGCCCAGUACCGGAAGAAACAGCUGGCAAAACAGCUGCCUGCUCAUGAUCAGGAUCCUUCCAAGUGCCAUGAGCUGUCUCCUAAUGAGGUGAAGCAGAUGGAGCAGUUCGUUAAGAAAUACAAGGAUGAAGUCCUUGGUGUGGGAGAUGUCAAGUUGCCCAAAGACGUGGAGGCACAGGCAGGUGACAAGGGCAAGCCUGACAAUGGGGCCCGGAGCACCGUCACAGCUGUCAAGGGGCCAGACAACAAGGCAGCCGGACCACAAGGAUCUGCCUAUUAUUGCUUCCGAUGCAAGGAGACCAUGAGGGAGGGUGACCCUGCUGUUUAUGCAGAGCGGGCUGGCUAUGACAAGCUUUGGCAUCCUUCUUGCUUUGUCUGCAACACCUGCAACGAACUCCUAGUUGACAUGAUCUACUUCUGGAAAAAAGGAAAGCUUUACUGUGGUCGCCAUUACUGUGACAGUGAGAAACCACGCUGUGGAGGCUGUGAUGAGCUGAUUUUCAGCAAUGAAUACACUCAAGCAGAAGGACAAAACUGGCACCUGAAGCAUUUUUGCUGCUUUGAUUGUGAUUGUGUCCUGGCCGGGGAAAUUUAUGUGAUGGUGAAUGACAAGCCAGUGUGCAAGACUUGCUAUGUGAAAAACCAUGCAGUGACAUGCCAGGGCUGUCACAAUGCUGUUGAUCCUGAAGUUCAACGUGUGAGCUACAGCGGAUUCCAUUGGCAUGCCACAGCAGAAUGCUUCUUAUGUUCAUGUUGCAGCAAGUGCCUGAUUGGUCAAAAGUUCAUGCCAAUUGAGGGAAUGGUGUUCUGCUCUGUCGAGUGCAAGAAGAAAAUGACAUCCUAGAAAAAAUUAUGGUGGAACAUAUUCACAUGUAGGAUGAAUCUUGCAUUUACAGCUAAUUUAAAGAAUACAUUUCAUGUGAAAAAAAUCUAUGCAUUUAACAAUGAAUGUUGAAAAUCACAAAAGGGCUCUUUGUCAGAAGUGACAACCCAUUCUUUUUUUAUGCAGGUUUUUUUAAAUUCAGAAACCACAACUUAUGCAGAAAUCACCACAUACCAUAGUUUAAAAGUCUGUUUUCUCAUAUCAUACCAGUCAGCUUUAUACUGUCUAAUUACUAUUUCUUUGGCUAUAGCACUUUAUUGGUUUUGAAGGGAUUUCCAUGCUGCUUUAAAAGUUUGAACUUUGCCCUGCCUGCCAA